AUGGAAAUGAAUAAAACGAUUGAUUUAGAAUUUGAAAAUAUCAGAUCGAAUAGCGAGUAUCUAAGAAGAACAUACUUUAAGAAUAUCGAUAGAUACUAUGGAACUAGAGCACACCUCAGAGAUUACAUUGAGGAUGGUAUUAUUCUGAUGGAACGUGAUGGUAUUCUGAGUCAAGGUGAUUACUUGGUGAGCGACGACGGUUCACGAGUCACUGUAACCGCUAUUAAACGUGGUAUAUCAUUAGACACUUCAUUCAACACCGAUCUCACCAAGAAAACCACUCUUUCAAUGAUCAACCCAUUCGGUCAUGGUGGUGAAUUGGGUGGUGAAGCAUCCGUUGGUAUUUUCAAAACAUUAAAUGGUUCAUUAUAUUAUAAAGAUAAACUUGGUAAUAAAUUAGAGAUAUCAAAGAAAUUAGAGAAUCCAAUCGAAUUGUAUGUCGAAGAGACAUGUAUUACAUUUGCACCAAAGAACUAUGGUCGUCAUUACUUUUCGUUGUAUGCAGGUGAUAGAAGAACAUUUAUAACAGGUGAAAAUAAAGAUGAAGAAAUGAGAAAUCAUACAGGGCUAUCACAUAAAUUAAGUUUAUCACAUAGAUACUUCUACUUUAAAGAUUGGCCAUCGAGUACCGGUGCAGGUUUGGGUUUAGGUUUAUGGGGACGUGUUAGUAAUGAGAUUGCAGGUGGUUUACUUAGUACCAAGUUUUUAAGAUCGGAAUCAUUCACUCAUCUAUAUUAUCCACUUUCAAGAGGUUUCGUAAGUAUUACAAUGAUUCACAUUAGUAUUUGUAUUUAUAUAACUGAUUAUUAG